GUCGAGAACCUCUCCAGACCGCCAUGAACUCACGACCCAGGGACCAGCUUGUCCAUGACAAAGUUAACUUAUUCCGUCUUGUUAAAAGGCUGGAGAAAUCUGUCUCAGAAGACGAUUGGUCUGACGAUGUCCCGCGAGAUACAUGGAUUAGAGCUCAAGAAACUAUCCAGAAGAUCAAACAUGCAAAGGUACUACUGAAGAAUGUUCAGGCAGAUGACGUGGAGACGACAUCAAUAACUGAGCAACGGUAUCAGGGAAUCCGAAGCAGUUUAGAUCAUUUGGAGGAUGUCGUAGCAGAGGUUAACAAGCGUGUGGCACCACAACCGAGGCGACCUCGUCCUAUCCUACCGUCGUUACCAGUGCCUGUCGUCCGAAAAACAGAUACUUCACCAGAAGCUACUUUACUACCUGCAGGAGAUGAAACAUUGCCGGUAGUUGACGAGAAGCUCCUAUUUUCCUCUCCAGAAGUCACGAAUUUGCCCCCCACGUCAACCCCUGUGCCAGCCAACCCCACCAGGCUGAUGCCUCCUAUCUCACGGCCUACAACUACAAUUUCCCCUUCGAAUAACACCGCCCAACCGGCAUUUCUACAGAACUCACGUGCACUACAGGAUGAGUUAUCCGAACAACUUGCACAAAUGGCAACUCAACUACGGCGCAAUGCGACUUACUUUUCCGAGUCGCUGGUAAAAGAUAAGGUGGUGGUUGACGGCAUGCAGGAAAAGUUGGAGGGCAAUCUUGAUGUCAUGCAAAGGGCGCGAAUACGGAUACGGGACCUACGUGGGAAGGGUAUGUCCACAACGUGUUUCACAAUGACGAGCGUUGUCGCGGUACUGGUCUCCUUUUUCUUCAUGAUUUUCAUCAUCAGAGCGACGCGAUGACAUUCGCCACAUCUAUCUUUGCAUGUUUAUUUUAGUGAACGAAUGACGGACUCCUGUAUUUAUGGUAUGCAAGAUCUCCGUGCUGUAACAGAAGACAGUUCAUCAAAGUAAAGAUGCAGCUUUGAUAGUUUCGAGUCACCUAAGUGGUUCGGGUGAAGUUGUGUACUGCUUGCGAGUUAUACGAUGGCGAAUCUCUGUAGCAUUGGUGUAAUUGUGACAUGCAAAAUGACUCAAAACCACGAAGCAGAUCUGCGAGUAACCCGGACCCGACAAG